GCUGUGUCGGCUUUAUGUACCCUACCACACACAUGCUGCAUAAAAUCCCAGGGUCAUUGGAGCGAUAUCGCGCAGUUGGCUAUCUCACAUCAAAUCUCACUGCAGAAGGAACACCCACCCAUUGAAAGAGUCAUGAUAUGAUUCAUUCACAUACAUGCAUUGAUUGAGUCACCUGUCUCGUAGAAUAUAAAGCCUGGAUCGUUAUCACCAUUUGUGAUUGCAUUGAACAACAACCGACUCCUCCAACUCCUUCACAUUCCAGACCACAUCAUACAUCACAAUGGCCACAUCGACGUUUCCUCCUCCACCGGUCAACACCAUUGACUGGACGGACAUUGGCUUCAAAGUCCGUGAAGUGAAUGGCCAUGUCGAAGCCCGCUACUCCUCCAAAACCGGCCAAUGGACCGCUCCAAAAUUCAUCCAAGACCCUUUCCUCCGCCUCCACGGCAUGGCCCCCGCCCUCAACUACGGCAUGCAAUGCUACGAAGGCCUCAAAGCCUUCCGCACCCCAGGCGACGUCUCCGUGACCAUCUUCCGGCCCCGGCAGAACGCCGAACGCAUGCAACACAGCGCGAGUUUCGUCAGCAUGCCGGAGAUCCCCGUCGAACUCUUCCAACACUGCGUGCGACUCGCCGUGAGCCUCAACGCCGCCUACGUACCGCCCCAUGACUCCGGCGCGAGCAUGUACGUGCGCCCCCUGCUCUUCGGAUCCAGCGCCCAGCUGGGCCUCGAUGCGCCCGAGGAGUACACCUUCUGCGUGUACGUCAUGCCCACGGGGGUCUACCACGGCGUGCACCCCGUCGCGGCCCUGAUCCUGGAGGAUUUCGACCGUGCGGCGCCCGAGGGGACCGGCAGCGCGAAGAUCGGAGGGAACUAUGCGCCCGUCCUCAGGCACAGCGGGAAGGCGAAGAAGGAGGGCUAUGGGAUUACCUUGCAUCUUGAUAGUCGCACUCGCUCGGAGAUUGAUGAGUUCUCGACGUCUGGAUUCAUCGGCGUCAUCGGAAACCCCGAGAAGGGAGAGGAUGUCACCGUUGUCGUGCCGGACAGCACGAACGUCAUUAAAUCGGUCACGAGCGACAGCGUCUGUCAGAUUGCGAAACAUUUCGGCUGGAAGGUUGAGCAACGUCCGAUCAAAUACACCGAGCUCCCCUCCUUCACCGAAGUCAUCGCCGCCGGCACCGCCGCCGCCCUCGUGCCGAUCAAGAGCAUCGCCAUGCGCUCCACCAACGACACCUUCCUCUACCAGGGCGGCGGCGACGAGCCGGGCCCCGCGAUCAUCAAGCUGCUGAAGCAACUGCAGGGCAUCCAGCGGGGAUUGGUCCCGGACCCGUUCGGUUGGGUGGAGACGGUGCGCGCGUAUGGCGAGGGCGAGUUCGAGAGGGACGGCGCGGUGGAAGCUCCUGCUGCUGCUGGCGCUCAGGAGAAGGCGUUGAGUGAGUUGCCUUGA